UUGGGUUCUUUGAAUUCCACAGCGCAGCAGCUCUAACGUAGGAACGUAUUUCCACUUAAGAUCAGAGAAGUAUCUCUGCUUGUAGAUAAAUCUCGCAUUUAUUCAUCCAAACGUGUAGCCCGUUCCAUCCUACCAUACCGUACACAACCACCCACCAUGGCCCCCACCGACGUCGAACGCACCCUCCGCCUCAUCACCGUCCUUACCUUCAUUCCAUGCCUAGCUUUCUCCCUCGGCGGCGCAAUCGCUUCUAAUGGAAUCAUCAUCGGCAUGGGCAUCCUCCCCCUCUUCUGCUCGUCCCUGAGCGGCCUCGUCCACCUGACCCACAAAGGCAGGAGCCUCGCGCGCCGCCGACCCAACCUCUCCAUCGCCAUCGACGUGAUCAUCGGAGGCAUGUUUCUCUUCGGUAUCCUCAUCCCGUUCUGGGUCGUUGAGCGAAGGCGGUUCGCAUGGCGAAUCAAGCAAGUCGAUUAUAUUAUCGUGGAGGCGUAUGCGUCGGCGCUACUCAUGGUGAAUACUGCCAUCCAUUUCUACAUCGCCUUCACCCAGAUGUACGCAGCUUGGUUCCCCGGGGGGUUCUUGGUGUGCCGCGAGUGCGAAGAGUGUAGGCGGAAGACUGCACAGCGUACGCAUGAUGGUGCGCAGUACAGUCCUCUCUUGUAUCCGGAUGAGGAGCCGUAUCGCGACUCGAUGGAUACCGUGACGGGUGAUGCGUCUGAGGAACCUCGGGCAAAACUGUCGGUGGAAGCUGUUGAGGAGGCUAGACCCUCGAGCACACGGGACGAGGAAGAGGCUAUGCUGGCCCAGGUCUGAGGACUUCGCAUGGUGUGUCGCAGAAUCACUUGUCGCUGUGGCUCUACACAUACAAGACGAGUAUCUGCCAGGGUCAGAGGAAUUAUCUCAGUCUAGCGAAGCAUAUGUGUGUUGACAUGACUCCGGGGGCAAAUCCGCAAAUGGGUGUUCCAGCGACAGUGGAUUAUCAGAUUUCCAUUUGAUGUAUCUAGAUAUGAUGAGAUGAAAAAAGAGAACUUAUGCUUUUGGAACGUCGGGGCUCUUCUUCUUCGUUGUCCUCCACUCUGUGCCCAAAGCGCCAAUCAUCGACAUAGCACAUAAAGCUGCU